CCAUACAUGACGCUCGGCAUAACAGAUCGUGUACCCUACAUGACACUCGACAUAACACAUCGUGUACCAUACAUGCCACUCGGCAUAACGCAUCGUGUACCAUACAUGACACUCGGCAUAACAGAUCCUGUACCAUACAUGACACUCGGCAUAACACGUCGUGUACCAUACAUGACACUCGGCAUAACACAUCGUGUACCAUACAUGACACUCGGCAUAACACGUCGUCUACCAUGCAUGACACUCGGCAUAACAGAUCGUGUACCAUACAUGACACUCGGCGUAACACGUCGUGUACCAUACAUGACACUCGACAUAACACAUCGUGUACCAUACAUGACCCUCGGCAUAACACGUCGUCUACCAUGCAUGACACUCGGCAUAACAGAUCGUGUUCCAUACAUGACACUCGACAUAACACAUCGUGUACCAUACAUGACCCUCGGCAUAACACGUCGUCUACCAUGCAUGACACUCGGCAUAACAGAUCGUUUACCAUACAUGACACUCGACGUAACACGUAGUGUACCAUACAUGACAAUCAACGUAACACGUCGUGUACCAUACAUGACCCUCGGCAUAACACAUCGUGUACCAUACAUGUCACUCGGCAUAACACAUCGUGUACCAUACAUGACCCUCGACGUAACACGUCGUGUACCAUACAUGACACUCGGCAUAACAGAUCGUGUACCAUACAUGACACUCGGCAUAACAGAUCCUGUACCAUACAUGACACUCGGCAUAACAGAUCGUGUACCAUACAUGACACUCGGCAUAACACAUCGUGCACCAUACAUGACACUUGGCAUAACAGGUCGUGUACCAUACAUGACACUCGGCAUAACACAUCGUGUACCAUACAGGACACUCGGCAUAACAGAUCGUGAACCAUACAUGACACUCGGCAUAACACAUCCUAACCACAUGGUACAAUCGGCAUAACACAUCCUAA